AUGAUGUGGUGGCGAGACCGCCGAUUCGAGCUGAAAGACCCAACCAUCAAAAAAGACGGCGAUGAUGCUGAAGCCCUCUUCAACAGCAUUUGGGAUGUGGUUGAAAAGGCCAACUCCCUGUCUCUACGCAAGAACCAGCUUCACCGAGACUUGAUUGCAUUUUCCGAAGCAGGAAAACCAUUCAUCCGUACCGACAAGCGCACUAUCAAACGUCGGGCUACCAUGGCGCUAUAUGCCGGCUACAUCGAGCGUUUCUACCAGUCGCGUGGGGAGGAUGACAGCGACGCCGAAGUCGCAGCGCUUGGACUGCUGGCCAUCGACCCAGCAUCCUUGGACUCAACUACCCGCGCAGUUCGGUGUAUGCUGGCUUCGAUCGUACCUGCGGUCAAAGAUGCCCCGGCAGAUGCUAAUCUGUUUACUGUUGGUUUCGACUCGCUGCUUGUGUUCAAGGCUACCAAGGCGGUAGCAGAAGUUAAAGAUUUGGGGUGGACUUUUCUACCACGGAACUUCUAUGCUGGAUCGACUAUUAAGAGGAUUGCUGCCACUGUUGUGCGAUUGGCUGCUGAGCGUAGAACGACGAAAACGAAUGGCACUACUACCUUAUCAUCGACUGAGAAGCAACAGCAAGAUCCACAAGAAGCCAAGAUCAAAGCACUGAUGAACCGGCACAAGGCUCUUUUAUCCUCCAAGCUGGGCCCAAUGGACCUUUUCGGCGGGAAUAUGUACGAGGGUAUCAAUGUCUUUAUUCCACUCUGCCCAGGUGUCUCCUUCGAGCAGGCGUACAAAGUCCUCCAACGAGGUCUGGUCCGCGCCAUGGAGAUCGUGCCGGCUCUUGCGGGUAAAGUCAUACCCUGUUCGGAGCACGAGAUCGGAUAUCAGAAUGGAGACGUUGGUAUCAGUCUGCCUUCACUGCCCUCCACGGCCUUAGGUACUACAUCUUCCGAAGAGCCAAGGCAAUUGCGCUUUCGCGACCUCUCAUCUACCGUACCAUCUUAUGCUGAGCAGCAGGCCUCUGGGUUCUUGACCUCGGCAUACCCUGACGAGCUCUUGACUAAUUGCCCCUCCUUUCCCGACCUACCCACGGAUGUGCUCAACGUACAGGCCAAUUUGGUCGACGGCGGCUGCGUCUUGGCCUUCAAUGUUCACCAUCACGCUUUUGAUGGUAUCGGCAUGUUGAUAGCGCUGACGGUAUGGGCAGAAUGCUGCCGGUUCGUCCAAGGCAACCAGUCUGCGACUUCCGAGUGGCUACACCCAGAGAGUCUCAAUCGUGACAUGCUGUCUAUCUUGUACGAGGUGGAAGGUUUCGCGAAGCCGGCGUCUGAGGUCGACCCGAGGGAGAAAGAGGAAGACACUGAUAUGACAGAAGUAACCGCGGUCAACGGAGAUGUCACUGAGCCUGAUGUGAAGAAGGCGCGUUUGUCUCGUCAUUUGCCUGAGCCGCCCGCGCCCCGCGCGGAUGGUCGCACGUUGACGGCGUCGACCUUUGUCAUCUCGGCCCAGAAGCUUGAGAAACUUCAGAAGAGUGUCGAGGCUGCUGAUGCCGCGGACCCAGAAAGUCAAAGUCUAAGCAAGGAUUCAGGGCCUCUGUCUCUCGGCGAUGUACUGCAAGCUUUCUGCUGGCGCGCUGCCGUUCGUGCCCGUCGCCGCCCUGAGGACUCCUCCUCGGAUGACAUGUCUAUCAUCGAGAUGCCCACUGACGUCCGAACCUACUUUAGUUCUCAUCUCCCACCAACAUACAUGGCCAACUGCGUUAUCAUGAACCGACAACAUAUGUCUGUCGCGGAGCUCUGCUCUUCCCAGACAUCUCUCUACAAGAUUGCCCAAAUCUGCCGCGAGGCGCGCACUCGAGUGGAUCAAGAACUUGUCCACGACGCCCUCAGUCUGCUACAUACAAUUAAAGAUAACAGUCCAGGAAACCAUACCACGGCGUUCCUUGGUCAGGGCAUACGGGACGGUCCACAUUCGCUACUCAAUCAACAUGACGCUUUUCCAGGCGAGCGAUCUUGGGCCCUUCGGUGGUGUUGUCUUCGAAGCACCAGAGCCAGUGAGGGUUCAGAUGGAUUGGCUGAACAAAGCGUUCAGGAGUCUGUUUAUUUUGCCGAUGAGAAAGGGCGGCGGUGUCGAGUUGUUGCUGGGGACCUUAUCAGAGGAACUGGAUGCGAUGAAGAGUGA